AUGUAUUAUUCGGAAGAAAUUGGUCUUGAGAAGACAGACCCAUCAAAAUGGAGACUUAGAAGUGAUCCAUUAGGAAGAGAAACUUGGCAUUAUCUCACAACACCAGAAGAAUGUUCUCAAGAACCACAAUCCACAUUUGUCCAAUGGUUAUUGGAAUCUCCUGAUUUCCCAUCACCUCCACCAUCAGAUAUUUCCACUUCCAAACAAUCAAUGGAAAAGGGGGCUGAUUUCUUGAAGUUGUUACAAUUAGAUAAUGGAAUUUUCCCUUGUCAAUAUAAAGGACCUAUGUUUAUGACUAUUGGUUAUAUUGUUGCUAAUUAUUUCAGUAAUCAACCUAUUCCAGAUCCUUAUAGAAAAGAAAUGAUUAGAUAUAUUGUAAAUACUGCCCAUCCUGUGGAUGGUGGAUGGGGAUUACAUUCAAUUGAUAAAUCUACUUGUUUUGGAACAACCAUGAAUUAUGUAUGUCUAAGAUUAUUAGGAAUGACAUCUGAUCAUCCAGUUAUGAUUAAAGCAAGAAGAACAUUACAUCGCCUAGGUGGUGCCAUUAGGAAUCCACAUUGGGGGAAAGCAUGGUUAUCUAUAUUGAAUUUAUAUGAAUGGGAAGGGGUUAAUCCUGCACCUCCCGAAUUGUGGACUUUGCCAUAUAGUUUACCUAUCCAUCCUGGUAGAUGGUGGGUACAUACUAGAGCAAUUUAUUUACCAUUGGGAUAUGUUCUGGCUAAUCGAGUUAAAUGUCAAUUAGAUCCACUUUUACAAGAAAUUAGAAAUGAAAUUUACUUACCUCGACAAUUACCUUAUGAAUCGAUUAAUUUUAGUAAACAUAGAAAUGAUGUUUGUGGUGUUGAUUUAUAUUAUCCUCAUUCCAAAAUUCUUGAUUUUGCUAAUGGAAUAUUUAGUAAAUGGGAAUAUUUCCGUCCAAAUUGGUUAUUAAAGAAAGUAAAUACAACAAUUUAUGAUUUAAUACUUAAAGAAUAUGAAAAUACCGAAUUUUUAUGUAUUGCACCUGUCAGUUUUGCAUUUAAUAUGGUAGUUACUUAUCAUUAUGAAGGUGGCGACUCACUUACAUUCAAGAAACUUUGUGAUAGAAUGAAUGAUGUUUUAUUUCAUGGACCUCAAGGUAUGACUGUUAUGGGAACGAAUGGGGUUCAAGUAUGGGAUACUGCUUUCAUGGUCCAAUACUUUUUCGUUUCUGGUUUGGUUGAUAAUCCAAAAUAUCAUGACAUGAUUAGGAAAGGAUAUAUGUUCCUUAUCAGAUCUCAAUUCACGGAAGAUUGUGUGGAUGGAAGUUAUAGAGAUAAAAGAAAAGGAGCAUGGCCCUUUAGUACCAAAGAACAAGGAUAUACUGUCAGUGAUUGUACUGCUGAAGCAAUGAAGGCGAUCAUUAUGGUUAGAAAUCAUGGAAGUUUUGUUGAUUUAAGAGAUGAAAUUAAAGAUGAAAAUUUAUAUGAUGCUGUUAAUGUAUUGGUUCAAAUUCAAAAUGUUGGCAAAUGGGAACAAGGUUCAUUCUCAGCUUAUGAAAAAAUUCGAUCUACUUUAUUACUUGAGAAGUUAAACCCAGCUGAAGUAUUUAAUAAUAUAAUGGUAGAAUAUCCAUAUGUUGAAUGUACUGAUUCGUCAGUAUUAGGAUUAACAUAUUUCUCCAAAUAUUAUCCUAAUUUCAAACCAAAAUUAAUCCAACUGACAAUCCAGAAUGCUAUUAAUUACAUCAAAUCCGCCCAAGCCAAAGAUGGAUCCUGGUAUGGAUCUUGGGGUAUUUGCUACACUUAUGCCGCAAUGUUUGCCCUCGAAGCCUUAUCCACCGUCAAUCUUACCUAUGAAUCUUCCGAGACAGUCAGGCGAGGAUGUGAUUUCCUCAUAUCCAAACAAUUACCUGAUGGAGGUUGGUCUGAAUCUAUGAAAGCUUGUGAAACUCAUACAUAUGUCAAUGCGGAAAAAUCUUUAGUUGUUCAAACUGCGUGGGCUUUAAUUGGACUCAUACUUGCAGAUUCUCCUCAUAAGGAACCAAUCAGACGGGGAAUUGAACUUUUAAUGAAGAGACAAUUGCCAACUGGUGAAUGGAAGUUUGAAGAUGUUGAAGGGGUUUUCAAUCAUAGUUGUGCAAUUGAAUAUCCCUCAUAUAGAUUCUUAUUCCCCAUUAAAGCACUUGGAUUGUAUACGAAAAAGUAUGGAGAUGAAAGGAUUUUGUAG